AAUUUGAUAUUUAUUUCAUGCAUAUUCAAUUCUUCCAGUUAGUUAAGAUUUUUUAGAGCUUCAUUCUCCACCUGGAUCAUAGGACUUUCAAAAUGCAGCUCAGGAAUAAAAUAUACAUUGUAUUGGCAGCAGCCAUUUUUCUCCUCUUGACCACGGUUUCGGCCGGAAAGGGCGGCAAGGGCGGAAAGGGCGGAAGGGGCGGCGGCGGAUGGGGCGGAAACAUGACGUGCAAGGGAGAGGCGGUGAAAAAUAUGGCGACCAAGGAGGUAUGGGCGGCUUGUGCGAAGGAGAUGGGAGGAGGUGCGAAGGGUGGGUCCACAACUGCUGCCACGGUCGAGGACGAUGGCGCUGAAGGCGACGACGACACCCCCAAAAAAGGCAAAAAGGGCAAGAAGAUGUGGAAGAAGAAAAUGUGUAUGCACGUCUGCGUAUGGAAAAAACAGAAAGUUCUUGGCGACGAUGGAAAAUAUAACACUGCUGGGGCAGAGGAACUUAUUACUAAUUCUUUUCCUACGGCUGUCCAAGCUGAUUUGAAAAAAGCGUCAAACGAAUGUGCUUCAACGAAUGGAGCUUCCUUCAGCAUGGACAAUAACUGUGAAGGGUACCAAAAAUUCCAACACUGUUAUUUGAAGAAGACUGCUGAAAUUUGUGGGUGGGGAAAAGGAAAGAAAGGUGGAAAAGGGAAGAAAGGUUCCACGACCGAAGCCCCUGAAGACAUUUAAGUCAUAAUUUUCUAAAAUAUGCAAUACUUUGGCUUAUAAAUAAAAGCUGCUUAGUUAUAUCAUAACUUGAUACACACAAAAAACGUAGCAUUGAUAUAAUAUAUAUAGUGUACGUAUGUAGUGAGGUUGUACCAGUGGAACUUAUUGUUAAUUCUGCCCUAUGAUACCCAGACUUUGAAAUAUCAUAAAUUUGGUCCGAUUUA